AUGUCCUCGAAAGGUCAGUCGACAAAAUCCGGAAAACAGGGAAAACCAUCGUUUUUUCGAAAGUUUUUUGGAAAUUUAUGCUGCUGUUUUCAAGGCGCACCAAGUGAGGAUCAUAAUGAAAAGGUUACUACAGUUUCCAAUUCUAGAAGGCCAUCACAGUCGCCUACCCCCAAUACGCCUCGUAGGUUAAGCCGUACGAUUCAGAGCUCAGAUUCGGAUACGCAUACGCAUGGGACUGGUCAGGCACCUGUGCAUGUGUUUGAAUCUCCCACUCCUGCGCGUACUUCCGUAUCUUUAGAAUCCGCGUUUAGUCCCAGUAACGGCAGUGAAAGAGACGUUGCUGAAGAUGCAGACUUAGAAAGCAACCAUGUUCAUUUUCAUGAGCAACCCGUUGAAGUCAGUCCAACUCCUGAGAUUCCUUUGCCCGAAGUUAAGCGGUAUGGUCCUGGACAAUAUCUCCUGCCUCCAAUUGCCAAAGAAGAUGAAGGCAAAAAAUGCCUCAUUUUAGACUUGGACGAAACCCUUGUCCAUUCAUCAUUCAAAUACAUCGAGGCUGCGGAUUAUCUUGUUUCCAUAGAGAUUGACGGCUUAUUUCAUGAUGUUAGAGUUGUGAAAAGACCGGGAGUCGACUUAUUUUUACAACGAAUGGGCGAAAUUUAUGAAAUCGUUGUCUUCACUGCGUCUCUUGCCAAAUAUGCGGAUCCCGUCUUAGACAUGUUAGAUAAUUCCCAAGUUGUUCGACACAGACUUUUCCGAGAGGCUUGUUGUAACUAUGAAGGAAAUUUUGUUAAAGAUCUUUCUCAACUGGGCAGAAACUUGGAAGAUGCGAUUAUUCUUGACAACUCUCCAUCAAGCUACAUCUUUCAUCCCUCUCAUGCAGUUCCUGUCUCUUCUUGGUUCAAUGACAUGCACGAUAUGGAGUUAUUAGAUUUAAUCCCCUUUUUAGAGCAAUUGUCUCGGGUUCCCGAUGUUUCCACGGUACUAAACUUGCAAUUAUAA